AUGAGCCUCACCUUCAAUCUCUUGACUGUAUUUGCUGCAUUCGCUUUGAAGUCCGUAUGUGCCCAGGACACGUCUUCGAGUCUCGCCAGCGACCUCAUCACUGUCCCGGUAAUGACAUUCCCGAAGGGCAUCGGGUACUUCGCUGGUAUUCGUUCCACUAAAGAUGGCGUCAACUUUUGUGCCGGAACUCUUAUUGGACCCUCCCACGUCUUAGCCAGAACUAGCUGCAUUGUUGGCAACAUCCGUUGGGUCUCUCUCGGCUCGACUUUCAGCCAGGGCAACAAAGACGGCGAGCAGAUCAAGGUCGCGGUUUUAUUACCGCACCCGAACAACACGGCGUUCCACAACGACUAUCUCAUUCUUGAGCUGGCGGAAGAAACGACUUUUAAGCCCGUGCGUCUGGACUCAGCUAUAUCAAUGGUGAAGCCUGGAAUGAAGGGCAGCCGUCUUGGCUGGAAAGAUGCCUCGGCGCAAGCCGUGGAGUCUCCCCACCUGCAGGGUGCUGGGGUACAGUUCGUCAGCAACGAGUUGUGUGCGACGGAAUUGACGGUAGACGAUACAAAUUUGUGCUCUCGGGGCGUGUCGGGGGUCAAGUCGUGCCUUGGGGACAAAGGGGGCGCAGUCAUCGUGAAGGACAAGGACCAUGACGUCCUGGUAGGAUAUGUCAGUCAAACCACCGGCUGCGGCAAGACCGGUGGAAUGAGUGUUUAUUCACGGAUCUCUGCCGUUCGUCCUUGGAUCGACUCAAUCAUCAAGGGCUAUUGCGUCUCCUAA